AUGGACAAAAUAGAUAGCCCGGAAGAACAGGAAGAGUUCCCUUUUGUUCCCAAUAACCAAAUGGAUCAACAGCAGCAAUAUCUUCGAUAUAUGGAUGAGCGACACGAAUACCGAAAUCGCAAGAUCAAGACGUCGCAUGGACAAUACGUCAAAGUGAUGGUACUUUUCGCGAUUCUACAGAUCAUCGGCAUUGCGUUUUUCACCAAAGGGUUCCUGUUAUCCAGACAGGUGCUGCAGAAUCAGGCGACGUGUCUUGAGCAACAGGAGAGCGAAAGCUGCGAACGAUUUUCACCCUUCAAGAAAACGGUUGUUCUUUUGAUCGACGCCUUACGAUUUGAUUUUGUGAUACCUGUGGAAGGAGAGAAUGCCGACCCGUACUAUCAUAACAAUUUCCCAAUCCUGUACGAUCAAUUUGUGAAGCAUCCGCGCAACUCCUUGCUGCUCAAGUUCAUUGCAGAUCCUCCGACGACCACUCUGCAACGACUGAAGGGACUGACCACUGGCUCUCUGCCAACGUUUGUGGAUGCAGGGUCCAACUUCGACGGAGACACUAUUGAUGAGGAUAACUGGGUGUCUCAGCUUCACAAUCACGGCAAAAAUGUCGCUUUCGUUGGAGACGACACCUGGACCGCUCUUUUCUCACCCUUUCUGCACUCUAAUUUGACAUAUCCAUAUCCAUCCCUGAACGUUUGGGAUCUUCACACUGUCGAUGAUGGUGUGAUUGAACAUCUCUUCCCAAUGAUGCACGACAAGAGCCACGAGUGGGACGUUCUUAUUGGCCAUCUCUUGGGAGUUGACCAUUGCGGACAUCGCUAUGGUCCUAGACAUUACGCUAUGAAGCAGAAAUUGAACCAGAUGAACAGUCUAGUAGACCAAGUCAUAAGUUCGCUAGAUGAUGACACGCUUCUCGUUGUGUUUGGGGACCACGGAAUGGACUAUACAGGAAAUCAUGGAGGCGAGUCCAAGGAUGAGCUGGAAGCAGCUCUGUUCAUGUACUCGAAGCGCAAAAACUUUGGUCGAUUGGCUCAGGAAUACUACAAUGUCACCGACCUGGGUAACAAUUACAGAUCCGUUAAUCAAAUUGACCUGGUUCCCACUAUAUCGCUGCUGAUGGGUCUUCCUAUUCCAUACAACAACCUAGGAUCACCAAUAGAGGAGGCUUUUAUUGGGCCAGAUGGGAAGGACCAGCAUCAGCUAGCCAAGGUCAAUUUUCUAACUUGCCAACAAAUUCACAGAUACAGACAACACUCAGAUCAGCUUUCCUCGGACACAGUUGUCAAUUUGAAAUUUGAGGAGCUUUCGGAACAUUGGGACAGUUUACAACAAGGAAAGAAGGAUCAACUAGACUUUAUCAAAUUCAACGAGCAAUGCUAUGAGUACCAAUCUCUUUCCUUGGAGAAAUGUAAGUCAUUGUGGGCGACCUUUGACAAUGUCUCCAUUGCCAUUGGUAUUGUGCUUGUCACCGUUUCUCUCCUCCUCUUGAUCAUUUAUGCGAAGUUAGUUCCCUUGGUGGUUAUCACGCAGCUCAAUCCACAGUUUAUCGCAACAUCGGCAGCGAUGACCCUAGUUCACUCAUUGCUGGUCAUUUCCUUCACCACAAUAUUCAAACCUGAAAACCUUAAUAUCUUGUGGUCCUGUUUAUUAGGAAUCUCGCUUGGAAUUAUUAAUGGGAUUCUGGCUCCGAUCAUUGAUCGGUACUCGGUCCCAUGGCUUUUAGCACAAGUCAGAGAAAAUCUCAUACAGAACGGCUGGACAUAUUUAGCAUUGUCUGUGGUUCUGAUGCACUCGCUGAUCUUCACUUCAAACUCGUUUGUCAUUUGGGAGGACAAGAUUGUCGCAUUCUGGCUCACCUCGUUUGGUUUCUGUGCAUUUUUCAAGUCCUUCAAGCAUAAAGAUUCCUAUAAGCAGCUUCUUGGAGCAUACCAUUCGGUUGUGUUCAUUUUACUCACCAGAAUGACUUCAAGUAUUAGGUUCUGUCGCGAAGAGCAGGGUUCUAAGUGUCUAAGCAAUUUUGAAGUGACUUGGUGGUCUGUUGGUCUCAUUUACGUUUCUGCCAUGUUGCUUCCAAAGAUGAUUGAGAAAUUCUUUGAUAUCACACACUCAUUUCAUGGUGCUGCUCCGCUCUGGAUUUCCACUGGUCUGAAGAGCAUGAUGAUGUUGACCGGUUUGAUGUGGACCUUGGAAUAUAUUGAAAACAGCGACUAUUUCAACGCUCAAUUUAAGAUUCCGUUUGAGGCCUUCAAGGCAACAAGGCUGACGAUCGCACGCAUUGUGAUGGGAAUUUCCCUGAUUGCUAGCAACUUUGGGUGGUUUUUGGGCCCCCUCUGUAUCAAAAUUGAUUUGAAGUCGGAUACAGACAACCAGCAAGUAUUGAAGACCGCAAACAUCAUUGGAUACGGUAACGUUUACGGAUCCGCCUACUUUUUGUUCGUGAUCAAUGUUCUGUGUGCAGUGUUGCUAGUCAACAAGCCGCUGGGAAUCGUCUCGCUCGCGCUAUUGGUCAACCAGAUUUUGACGCUUUUGGAGCUGAUCGACAUCCUUAACAUCCGUACCAAUCUCAUCUCCGUCGUCGCAAUGGGCCUGUUGGCAUAUUUGCAUUUCUUCACCACGGGACACCAAGCAACGCUGCAAGCUAUCCACUGGGACACUGGUUUCAUUGUCACUGAGUCAAUCGUGUUCCCGUUCACGCAUCUUUGUAUUUUGAUGGACACUCUAGGACCAUUUAUAGUCGUCUGUUUAUGUGUGGCUCUUAUGUGUCUGUGGAAAAUCCCCCCAACGAGCAAGGCAAUUUCGCUGAUCUCAAAGAUCGUCGAAAACUCAUCAACUUUGCUUAUAUAUCAGACAUGCUUGACAUUAUCCACGCUAAUCAUGACAAACCACUUCAGACGACACCUGAUGGUAUGGAAAAUAUUUGCUCCACGCUUCAUGCUCAACGGUAUCAUAUUAAUCACGAUGAACGUUAUACUGUCAUUAGUUACUGUGGGUUUCGCAACUGGCAGGGUCAUAAAACGCUGGAACCAGGUCUUUGGUACCUAA